AUGCAACCAGGCCCUCUAACCGAACUCCUGAAGUUGUACGAGCAAGAAUUUGUAACCAUCUCUAACUGGGAGUGGGAUUACAUCAACUGUGGGAUUACUUUCUACAUUCUUACCAUCAUCGACGACCGAUCCCAAGGACACAACGUCGAAGUCUUCAGGGAGUCAUUCUGGGCCGAUUCGGAAAAUUUCUUCAUCCCCCGUCUCCGCCGUCUACGUCAAUUGCGCGAGCAGGCCAAAGCUUUCCUCCGAGCCACCAACGUGUCCGAGGCGGAGCGCUGCCUGAAAGAAAUGAUCGAUGUCAGGGGCGAGCUGGAUGCCAAGAUCGAAAAGGACGCGAUGCCACGCCGCCUCGCGGGUCUAGCUGCACACCUUCGCGAUCGCGAAGGAUGGACCAAAAACACCUUGUUGCAGCAGUCGACCGAGGAGGAUAAGCGGACUAUACGCAAUCACCCACGCUUUCGAGAGUGGGCGUUGCAGUUGCCGGAGAUUGAAAGUGGUCUGAAACUCGGGAUCUUGGAGAAUGAAGAGCAGGCUUUGAGGAGCUUGCUUGAGGUUGAGGAUCGUUGGGAGGGAAAAUAA